AAUAUUUUAAUCUUGUUAUUUGUUGCAGAAAUGACCGUGCGGCAUGUCGACCGGCUCCAACAGCAGCGUCACGCCCACCUCGUCUCCAAGCACCGCCCCUCCACUUUCAAGCCCCGCCUUCCCGCUAUCGAGCCCCGCCUCUUCGGUCGACUCGACGGCUUACGCCAUCCUGUACUUCGCAUCGUCCCCGCCAGACGGCGCCCUCGCCGUUAACGACUCCGCCUCCUCGCUGCCGCUGCCAGCCAAUCACGUGCAGCAUGUGGCGCUCGCCAUCUUGCUCAGCGUGGUCAUCGUCAUCGUCAUAUUUGGUAAUACGCUGGUCAUACUGGCGGUCAUUACGACGAGGAGGUUGAGGACGGUCACGAAUUGUUUUGUGAUGUCGUUGGCGGUGGCUGAUUGGUUGGUGGGGAUUUGCGUUAUGCCACCGGCUGUGGCUUAUACGCUUAUGGGAACAUGGGAGCUCGGCUGGAUUCUUUGCGACAUAUGGGUCUCUCUGGACAUCCUGUUAUGUACAGCUUCGAUUCUAAGCCUGUGCGCGAUCAGCAUCGAUCGGUAUUUGGCCGUCACGCAGCCCCUACGGUACUCCAGAAACAGGAGAUCCAAGAGGCUCGCAUUCGGCAUGAUCCUCGUUGUUUGGGUUAGCUCCAUGCUUAUAUCCUGUCCUCCGAUAUUCGGAUGGUACGAACCAGGCAAACAUGCGAACAAAACCUGCAGAUACAACAAGAAUACCGGCUACGUCAUCUAUUCAGCGAUGGGUUCUUUUUUCAUACCAAUGGUGGUAAUGUUGUACGUCUACAUAAAAAUAUCCUGCGUGGUGGCACAACGGCACGACCAACUGGCACAGUCUGAUGCCACUCAUUCAAAGAAAAGUGCUAAGUUGAUACUGAAUGCCAAAGAAGAAUCAGACGUAGACAGGUCCUCUGAGUGUGAGGAGGCACACGUGAAAUGUUCCAGGUAUUUUCGGCAAGUAAAUGCAUGCGCUCAUUCGCCGGAGUCGAACCACAACGAGCACCCGAAGAAGGUUCCAAUCACUCCAUCGCGUUCCAUCAGAUCCAACAUCAACUACACAUUCAACCAUGUUCAUGAGCCUCUUACUCCAACGCGGUCUGCCAGUUUGUGUCGAUCUGGGCUUCCCAUACGAUCCAGUUUCAAAUUCCAAUUCUCGUCUCGCCCGGAAUCGCUCCAUCUGGAUGCCUCCAUGCUGAACUACGAACCAGCGUCGAGAGUCUCAUCGUUCCGGCGCGAGACGAAGACCGCCCAGACCCUGAGCAUCGUGAUGGGCGGUUUCAUAGCCUGCUGGCUGCCCUUCUUCAUCUUCUAUCUGCUAACGCCCUUCAUCACGACCAAUGAAACAACGACACUCAUCAUGUCCUACCUGACGUGGUUAGGCUGGAUCAACUCCGCUAUCAAUCCGUUCAUCUACGCGUUCUACAGUCCUGACUUCCGAAUAGCCUUCUGGAGACUGACCGUGAAACACUUCUCGAACAACAGAAGGGCCGACUUCGCGUCACAGCAUAAAUGAGACAGGGGGACUAUAAGGUUUGCGCCUCAGGAAGCAGCCGUUUGAAAUUAGCGAAGGCUUUUGGUUGAACUGGUUCGCGAUAGCACUUUGAAUGUCAAACGCCUGUUAAGGCUGGCAUAGGUGUUGUUGUGAUGUACAGGGUGGCCAACUAAGAAUGCGAGGUUCUGGAUCUGGGAACCUAUCUAUCGCAGAGGCAAACACAGUUAAAGCUUCCAACAGAAAUACCUGGAAAAUAUUUUUAAGCUUCUUAAAUGGGUGUAACUGCAAUCCUGAACCUAAAAAAGUGAUGUUUCUGUGAAUUCCGAUAUAUUAACUUGAGGAUAAUGAGAACUUUUUUUGAUUGACAAUUUUUGCUGUAUCUCUAAAAAUAAAGUGGUGGGGGGUAUUCAAAGGUUUCCGUAAAAAACACCGUGUAUCUAGUUGAAUGAGCUAUUCCUGGGCUGAAAAUAUUAUAAUAUUUGAAGAUUAGUUACUUGCACAUGUGGCCGCCAGAGGUCCUUUUUCGACAUUUCUCAAAAUUUAAAUGCAUUGGUUUGAUUUUUCUUAUAAAAAUGUAGCUAAAUGAUGUCUAAACAUGCUCGCGAAAACCGUAUCUCGAUAUCUUGGUCCUAACUUAUAAUUUAGGCCAUCGAAAGUUUGAUAAGGAUCCCUUAAUUCUGUAUUUCUUUUAAACUAAUUUUGCUGGAACUGUUUAAGUUUUUACAGUUUUGGGCUGCAUUUUCACGGAGCGAGACAUGCUAGCGUCAUCGGGAGUUUUAAAAAAUGACUUUGUUUUUCGCAGAAGAAUCUAACAACUACUAUAGUAGUUGCUGG